UCCACGAUUCGGAUCUCUAACCAUCGAAAGCAAUAACGAUUUCAUGGGCGCAUCUGGUAGAAGUUCUUCUUUCGAUCCCGGAUAUAAGGAGGAUAUAAUUGAUGCUAUUAAGUCGAAGGACAAUAUGAUGGUACACCCGAUGCUCGAACCGGAACCAAGAAAACAGGCGUCGGUUAACCCCCUAUGUGAACCUGAACCGCGGAGUAUCUCCCGUCACAAAAGCAACUCGCCAAAGUUCUCCGUUGAACGUCUAGUGCGUACGAUACGCCUAGCGCCCCUAGCGCAGAAUCCAGUCGAAACUGUAUCUCUGAUUGCGUCCCAUGAAGUUGAUCAUUACUUGGGAAACACGAAAUUACCGUGCGCAGCAUCAGCAUCAUCCGCCUGUACAUCAUCGACGCAAAUUCACCCGAAUGAAGUACAACUAUACGAUCGAUAGCCGGUCAGCAGCGACACAAGCAAGUAUGCCCAACCAACCUUCUCCGAAUCUUCCACCAACACACCACACGGUGAUACCGGUUCCACCUGCAGUAGAUAUCG